CCACCGACUAAGAGUUGACGUUGAAGAUUGCAAAGUGAGCAGAUCCAACCAGAAAGGCUGGCUACUCAGAUAUAUCACUUACAUGUAUAUAUCUACUCAGACUAUAUUAAGAUCCUGCUGACGCAUAAUAACUGUGUCCUAGCCACUUCAGACCCAUGGCGGCACUAAUCUCUUCCUCGCUGCUGAGGUGCUAUGCUCGCACACUCAGAUCCGCGGACGGACUCAAAUCAUGCAGAGCGACUUUGCUCGAGGGCGCCAGGUCACUCCAUGUGGACAGUCGUCCCCAAAACCCCUCCCUGACCAGCAGCUACGUCCACGGCACCUCCACCAUCUCUCUGCUCCCCCUGACCGUCGGCCAGAGCCUGGACAGCGCGGCGGAGCGCUGGCCUGACCGCGAAGCCGUGGUCUUCCUGCAGGACGGCAUCCGGAAAACCUUUGCACAGUUUCAGCAGGAUGUUGACAAAGCGGCUGCGGGCCUCCUCGCCCUUGGCCUGAAGCGAGGCGACCGUCUGGGGGUCUGGGGACCCAACACGUACGAAUGGGUCCUUUUCCAAUUUGCCUCUGCCAAGGCUGGGAUCAUACUGGUCUCCCUGAACCCGGCCUAUCAGGUGAAGGAAGUGGAGUUUACUCUAAAGAAGGUCCAGUGUAAGGCGGUGGUCUGCCCUGCUCAGUUUAAAACCCAGGAGUUCUGUGAGAUGCUGAGGGAGAUCUGCCCGGAGAUUGAUGACUCGUCGCCAGCCGCCAAGAUCAGUAGCUCCAGAUUGCCGGACUUGCGCAUGGUGAUCGUGACGGACAGCAGGCGGCCGGGGAUGCUCCACGUGGAGGACGUGAUGCAAGCAGGAGAGAGCCGGCACCGCAGGGAGCUGGUGGAUCUGCAGAGCAAGCUGUCCUUCGACGACCCCAUCAACAUCCAGUUCACAUCAGGUACAACUGGAAGUCCAAAGGGAGCUGUUCUUUCCCAUCACAAUAUUGUAAAUAAUGCCUACUUCUUGGGUCUCCGAAUGGGUUAUCCAUCUAGACCUCAGGUGCGAGUGUGUCUGCCUGUGCCCCUCUACCACUGCUUCGGCUCCGUGCUCGGAGGGAUGACCAUGGCGGUGCAUGGUGUCACACUCGUCUUUCCUUGUUCUGGCUACAGCAUCCAGGCCAAUCUGGAGGCCAUUGAGAGGGAGAAGUGCAAUUUAGUCUACGGCACUCCCACGAUGUUCAUCGACAUGCUGAGCCAAGAUUUGCACAAGUAUGAUUUGUCAUCAGUCGAAGCUGGGAUAAUGGCGGGUUCCUCGUGCCCCCCUGAGAUUGUGAGAAAACUGAAAACAGACAUGAACAUGAGAGAGAUAACGUUAGGCUAUGGAACAACUGAGAACAGCCCCGUUACAUUUCUGGGAUUCCCAGAAGACGAUGAUGAGCUGAAGAUGAACACCACUGGAUGCAUCAUGAAUCACACUGAGGCAAAAGUGGUGGACCCCGCCACGGGGCAGAUCGUCCCCCUGGGGGCGUCAGGAGAGCUGAUGAUCAGAGGCGGUUGUGUCAUGCAUGGUUACUGGGACGAGCCUGAGAAAACCAGCGAAGUUAUCUCGCAAGAUCGCUGGUACAGGACUGGUGACACUGCCUCGCUGAACAGUCUGGGAUACUGUCAAAUUGAAGGACGCAUGAAGGACCUGAUCAUCCGAGGGGGGGAAAACAUUUACCCUGCCGAGAUUGAGCAGUUUCUCUAUACACAUCCCAAAGUGAAUGAGGUGCAGGUGGUUGGGGUGAGAGACGAGAGGCUGGGCGAGCAGGUGUGUGCCUGCAUCAGGCUGAAUGAGGGACAGACCUGCAGUGCAGAGGAGGUCAGAGCGUUCUGCAAAGGACAGAUUUCUCAUUUCAAAAUCCCGCACUAUGUGGCCUUUGUGGAGAGCUACCCCCUGACGGUUUCUGGAAAGAUCAAGAAGAACAUAUUAAAACAGGACAUGGAGAAGAAACUGGGCCUUUAAUUUGUGGACUGAUAGACGAUGCACCUGCUGGGAAACAAAGAUCUGAACUCCUCCUCCUUUUUUCUGUAAGCAGGAUUACACAACAAACUACUUAACAGAUGUGAAAGGACAUGGGCCAAGGCAGAACCCAAUACAUUUUGGUGCAGAUGUGGACAAAGGGACGGAUUCAGGAAUAUAUAUUUUAUCACUUUAUGUGGCGUUUUUUUCCCAACAUUUUCACUAAAAAUCUCAGGGAAUAAUUGAAGAAUCUUGAUGAAAAAGAAAAAAAUCAGGCGUAUGUAGAGGGUUGAUAAUGUGUGUAAUGUGGUGCAGUUCCUAUUAAAAAUCCUGAUCUAGCGGA